CUCGCCAGAGUUGCUUCGCACCAAACUACUAGCAACUUGGUACCUGGCCCAGCAGCUAUGCCAGUGCCGGGACUGGGCGGUUCAUGUGUCACCUGUACUCCCAAUGCGUGUGUGGCUCGUACUCUAGACUCGCGUGGCGCUGUUGCUUUCGAUGGCGCGCCCGUUGACACCCCAUGGCGCAAUCGUAGCGGUUUCCAAUCCGGCCAGGGAGCUGGUGAAAGACCCGCAGUAUAUGCACGCUUGAACUGACAGGUGCCAGUACUGAGGAUAGAGUUCACGACAAGACUAGUCAAGCAAGCUGACGCCCCAGCGCUUCUUUACUCAUAAACGCCAUGCCUGUCCGACCCCGGUUUUGUUUUUUUGGUAGUGGUUCACUUCAUCGGACGAACUCCUCGCUGUGAUGGGUGUGCGAUCGUUACUCACAGUGCUGCUUUGCCUUUUGGCCUUCCUCAACGAAGGGGUCUCGGGGUCAGAGUUCGACCAGCGGGAAUUGACAGUCGCUGAUAUUCCACCAUGUGGUCUGCGAUGCCUCUUCAUCGAGCUUGGACCGAGUGGAUGCGCAGCAACAGACAUUCAGUGCAUCUGCGACAGUACGUCGCUUGAGUACGCACUGGCUGCGUGUAUGUUGGCGAAUUGCACAAUGCAAGACUCUCUGGGUACUUCCAGGGUUCAAGCAGACCUUUGUAACCUCUCCAACGAGUCCAAGACUCAUCAAGUGAUCCUGUACACGGGUAUCGUGUACUCGAUCGCUUUUUUUGCUGUCGCCCUCAGGAUCGCCGGGAAACUGAUCUCAAAGAGACUGGCUUGGGACGACGCGGUAGUUGUGGCAGCUCUGCUGCUUACAGCAAUACCGGUGGCAUGUGUACUCCAGAUGGCUUUGCACGGCUUUGGUCAGCACUUAUGGAACCUUGAAGAUGACAGCCUAAAGCCUAUCCUUUACUACUUAUACGUUUCAUGGUCCACGUACGUUGUCGUGCUCUGCCUGAUCAAGGUAUCUCUGGUAUUGUUCUACAUUGAGAUCUUCAGGACACCCCAGUUCCUACGGACUGCCUACGUCUUCCUCGCCUACAUGAUCCUCAACAGCGUAAUCAUCCUGUUUAUCGCACUUUUCGCUUGCAGCCCGGUCAGCUCCUUCUGGAACCGCGACAUCAAGGGCAAGUGUAUCAACAUCCAGGCAAUGGCAUACUCAGUCUCAGCUUCUGCGCUCCUACAAGACCUCAUUCUAUUAAUCCUGCCAAUCGUCUUCAUCCGAAACCUCCAGAUGAAGCGCUCCCGCAAAGUCGCUGUCGGCCUAAUGUUCUGCAUCGGCACAUUCGGCUUCAUCGCCACCGUCAUGCGCCUGCCGUCCCUCAGCACCUUCAAAAUCUCCAUCGACCCGUCGUGGGACUACUUCCCCGUAACCGUAUGGACCGAGCUGGAGCUCGGCGCAGGCUUCCUCUGCGUCUCGCUGCCCUCGAUCCGCAUGCUCCUCGUGCGGCUGCUGCCCGCCCGCGUGCUAGAAUUCCUGUCGAACCUGACGCCCUCGCGGCCCAAAAGCAAACCCACCCCGCGCCCCGCGCCGCCCCCCGCGCCCCGCAGCUGGAAGAAACCGGCCUCCUGGAUCGACAUCUCGAACAGCACCGACUUCACGUCGUCGAGCACGGGCGGCAAGAGUCUCGAGCCCCUGACGCUCGGCUCCGGCGUGCGCGGCAGCUUCAUGGGCAGUUUCUGGAAGCGCGCGAGUAACGGCGGUACGCAGCCGAGCACGUUCUCGCAUCUGCGCAGCGGCACGUGGCAGCUGCAGUCGGUGGCGAGCAAUGGCAGCGGAGCGGGGUUUGCGAGUGCAGGGCCAGCGGGCGGCGAACACGGCGCGGCGGUGGAGGAAGUGGAGAUGCGGGAUGUGGCGGACGCAGACAGCAAAAACACGAGCGCGGCGGGUCGGCGCAGCGAGGAGGAGGGGAUCACGGCGCUGCCGCAGAUGGGGCGAGGGUCUGAGGCGGCGCGGGCGGAGGUGGGUUGGACGAGGGACGAAGGGGGGUUGCGGAGCGAGAAGGAUAUGGUCUGAUCCCAACACCAGGGAAUGAGAUACGAUAGACAAUAGAAUAAUG